AAAGCGCUCUAUAAAGACAUUGUUUUCUUUCACUACUUCCUUUACAGUGUUGUUGGAAUGAUUUGGGUGGGCGGGAAGUGAAGUUCAGGGCAAUGCAGCACCUCCCUGCCCCCUGGUUUUGAGUGUUUCUGGGACUGAGACGGGGAGGUGGGACCUGCUGCAUGUUGAAGGUCGGUGGAACUGGCCGAGGCAGUCACAGCACACUCUGGGACGGAAUUGAAAGCUGCGCAACAUGGCGUUGCUGAGGAUGUGCGCCCGCUUCUGUGUCGUCACGAAGAACAACUCAAAUAAAAUGUGUCCUCGUGCCCCGUGGCACUGGCAUUCAACCUCAGCAGCAGCUGAGCAAAGAGCUGAUGUAAAAGAAAAGCCUCAACUCAAUGCAAGGAAACCCAAGACUGGCAUCCUUAUGCUGAACAUGGGAGGACCUGAAACUUUAGAUGAUGUUCAUGAUUUCUUACUACGGCUUUUCACAGAUAAAGACCUAAUUCCACUUCCAGCUCAAAGCAAACUUGCUCCUUUUAUUGCAAAACGCCGUACUCCCAAGAUUCAGGAACAGUAUCACCGGAUCGGUGGAGGGUCUCCGAUUAAAAUGUGGACUGCUAAGCAGGGAGACGGCAUGGUGAAACUACUAGAUGAAUUGUCUCCAGAGACAGCACCGCACAAGUUUUAUAUUGGUUUUCGAUAUGUUCAUCCUCUAACAGAAGAAGCGGUGGAAGAGAUGGAGAGAGAUGGAAUUGAGCGAGCAGUAGCUUUUACACAAUAUCCUCAAUACAGCUGUUCGACCACAGGAAGUAGUUUAAAUGCAAUUUAUCGGUACUAUAAUGGGAGGAGAGCAGCACCAAAGAUGAAAUGGAGUACGAUUGACAGGUGGCCAACACAUCCUUUAUUAAUUCAGUGCUUUGCAGACCAUAUACGGCAGGAACUUGAUCGAUUUCCAUCUAAGAAAAGAGAUGAUGUAGUCAUUUUGUUCUCUGCUCAUUCUCUGCCUAUGUCUGUGGUGAAUCGUGGUGACCCCUAUCCACAGGAGGUGGGAGCAACCGUUCAGCGAGUCAUGGAAAUGCUAAAUUUCAGUAACCCAUACAGGCUGGUGUGGCAGUCUAAGGUUGGUCCUAUGCCCUGGCUUGGACCUUCUACAGAUGACACCAUCAAAGGAUUGUGUGAGAGAGGCAACAAAAACUUAUUAUUGGUUCCUAUUGCUUUCACCAGUGAUCACAUUGAAACACUGCAUGAACUUGAUAUAGAAUAUGCGCAAAUCUUAGCCAAUGAGUGUGGUGUUGAAAACAUUAGGCGAGCAGAGUCACUAAAUGGAAACCAGCUGUUUAUAAAGGCCCUAGCAGAUUUGGUCGAUGCACACUUAAAAUCUGCAGAAACUUCUUCCAAACAAUUGAGUCUACGUUGUCCGCUCUGCGUUAAUCCAAUAUGUGGAGAAACAAAGGCAUUUUUUGCUAAACAAAAUCUCUGAAAUGACUCUUGUGUACUGAUAUUUUCUGCCCUUCAGAAAAUGCAUGAUCGAAUGGUCAUCGUGAUGGUUUAUUUUCUGCUGUGAUGGUUUUUGAAAUAGCAUGUAUGUUGAGUGUAAAUCUAACAUCUAGAGUUUGUCUUCACUUCUGAAACUACAUCUUUUUAGUGUAACUAAAAACAGACUUUUUGAAGAGAGUAUAAAAGUUCCAGCUUGCACUGUUCUCCAAUUAUUGUACAUGGGUACGAAGUUUAAUAUCUGUUUUCAGCAUAUUUUUCUUACCUAGAUCCUUUUUUUAAGGAGUGUUGAAGAUUAAUCUUUUAAAGACUACAUUUUUUUUUGUUUGCUCCUGCAUAGGUUUUGAACAUGAUUCAUAUUUAGUAGAGCUUAUCUUGUUGUCUUUGCCCUUCGAGGUGAAGCUAGUCAUUGUCAGGGAUGUUUGGUAGGAUUCUUAUGGCCACAUGACUUUUUGAGUGCAUGACUACUAAAGCACGUCUGCAUCUCGCGUAUUAUACUGCAAGUAGAACGGGAACAGCAGACUAAGUUUCAAACAAUUAAGGAUUUAUUCUUGCAUUUUGUUUCUGCUUCAAAUGCAGGUUGAGCUCUAAGUAGCUGCAUAAUGUUUUUUUAUUUGGUUGCACCAGGACUUGAAUUUGAUUCCAGAACUCCUGAGUGAAGCCUCUAGGGUGUCCCUGUAGCAAUUCCUUUGACCCCCAUGAUAACACACUCCACCUCUUUAUUGAAAAUUGAUCUUGGCGAGAGUGUGUCAGACAUCCUAGACAAGUUGCCAGCGCAUCUCAAUCUUCACUGUUUCAGUUUUGUGUGAAUGCUAGGCAUGCUAGUUCAGGUGAGUAACUCAGUUAGACACACCUAUUGGAGAUUCUUGUUUUAAGAAGCCUCUGUUUAGAAACAAAAACUCUUAAUCAUUUACUUGAUUUGCCCAAGAUGACAUCAUAUUAAUUUGCAUUUCUGACUUGAUCCACUUUUAAGUGCAACCCCUUGUGCCAUAAGAAAUGGAGCAGGAGUAGACUAUUCAGCCCUGCUGGAUUUUACUCUCAUUGAGAUCCGAGGUGAUCUCUAUUUAAACACUUUUAAUGCACAAUCCCCAUUUCCCUUGAUGUUUUUAAUGUGUAAUAAACAAUUGCUACAGAGUGGAUAAUGAAAGGAUAUUUCUCCUCAGGGAAGAGACUAGAACGAGGAGACAAUUUUUUAUGAGAGUUCAUAGUCAUUGGUGCACUCCUAACAAUGGUAGAGGCAGAGUUGGAUUCUCGAAUAAUGAGAGAGUUGAAGAUAUUUGGCGGGAAGGCAGAAAUAUGAAUUUGUGGCCUCACUUGCAUCUCAAUGAAUGAUAGAGCAGGCCAUAAGAGAUUAAUGGCCUACUGCUAAUUUGUAAGAUUUCGGUGUUGGACAUUCUAAAUAGCUGAGCCUCUGGAGCAAAAAAUUCCAAACAUUCAUGAACGCAGGUGAAGAAGUUCCUCAUCUUAAUCCUGAGUGGUCUACCCCUUAUCAUUAAAUUCUCUCUUGGAUCCAUAUAUUCCAGCCAGUGGAAAUAUUUUGCAUCUACCCUGUUGAUUCCUGUACGAUUUUGUAUAUUUGAAUGAGAUCAGCUACAGGCAGUCUCAAGGGACCAAAUGGUCUAAUCCUGUUUGUUGUAUUUAUGUCCAUCUCCAGAGAAUGAAGAGUCAGUCUAUUUAAUCUUUUCUCCUACUGGAAUCCCUCCAAGGAAUUAGUCAUUUAAACUUUGUUGUACCGCUUCAUGAGUGUUUCUGUAGAUAAACUCAAAACUCCAUACGAUGCUCUGGCUGUAGUACGAGGAAACUUCAACCAUGGAAAAUAAGGUAUAAUAAAAUAAAACAAAACUUUAAACCAGUAGAAAGGACUUUUAAACUAAUGAAGGAUCAAAAGGUUUAUUUUCCUCCUUGGUCCUCUUCAGCAGACUAUCCAGACUGUUAGAAAAGUCACUUCAGGGUGUUCGGUGGAGGUGAGAUCCAAAUUCACUCGAGUGUAAAACUUUAAAAUCCGCUGGCUUUAUAUAUACAUGGGAAGUCAUUUGCUAUGUUUAAAAUGUAGACCAAGCUACUAAGAAACUUCUUGUAAAAUCACUGUUCACUUGGUAAAUAGCUUUUCCAACAGCACAUUAUUUGGAGAUGAGGCGUGCAUUGGUGUAGCUAAAUCUUAAGGAGCUGAAGCAGUCAACGAUCUAUUAAUUGAAAUUUAUCCACUAAAAUUAUCAGCUACCAAUACAGAAGUUAGAUAUUCCUACACUUUUUAUUGAUUUGUGGGGUUUAACGCCACUGGCUAGGUCCUCAUUUAUUGCCCAUUGCUAAUUGCCUGUUGAAAGUAGAGGUGAACUUGAACCACUACAGUCUUUGGGGAUAGGGACUGUCACUGUGCCAAUCAAGCAGCCCUACUUCAUCCUGAACUCUUUUAAUGUCUAUAUGUGCAGGUCAUGUUUCUGUAAUUGAUCUACUAUUGAGGGUAGCUUUUUCUUACUACAAGGUGCUGUAUACUAUUUUGCUUGUCCAGAAAUCAGAUGAGAAACGUGCAGAAAUAAAAACAAAACUGUGAAUGCUUGAGAUCUGAAACAAAAACUGAACUUGCUGGCGAAACUCAGCAGGUCUGGCAGUGUCUGUGAGAAGAAAUCAGAGUUCACACUUGGAGUCAGUGAUGUCAUCAGACUCUGCUUGUGAAUGCUAACUCUGCUUUCUUCCCAUAGAUGCUGCCAGACCUGAGUUUCAUUAGCCAGUUCUGUUUUUGUUUGAGAAACAUGCUGGAUGUAUAUAAAUUGAAAUGGCCCGUCAGACAUUUUUGGAUGCCUUCAUUGAACUUACACCUUGGCCUAUAUCCUGUAAAUUUUAGUCUUUUGAUAUAUUUUACUUUUAAUACUUAUUUUAUAACAGUGCCUGUUGUGCUGUGAAAUGUAAAAGGAGCAAAUAAAAUUCUGUAGAACAUGGUAUAAAGGGAUAGUAUAACUGAUAUAUUCAGCUGAAAGGCAGUUACUGAGAACACAGUAUGAAUUGGAGUGUAUAAUUUGACCUACCUCAUUAAAGUUUGACUUUGGGGCAACCCAAUCAAGGAGGAAUCUAAUCAUUACCAAUUAAAUACUAUUGGCACUGUCUCGUGUUCCCACAAGGAACGUGAACAGUUCCAUCAACUUCACCCACACCUUCCACCCUGAUCUCAAAUUGACUUGAACCACCUCUGACAACUUCCCCCCCGACCUCUCAGUCUCCAUUUCUGGUAACCAACUUAGCACUGACAUGUAUUUCAAACCCAACCUACCUCGACUACACCUCUCGCACACCCUUCUGCAAACAUGCAAUCCCAUACUCCCAAUUCCUCCUCCUCUGUUGCAUCUGUUCCCAGAAUGAGGGAUUUCACCUCAGGACAUUCCAGAUGUCGUCCUAUUUCAAGGGCUGUAAUUUCUCCUCCCUCGCAAUUAAUAAUGCCCUCAACCACAUCUUUACUUCCUGCACCUCUGCCCUCAAACUCACGUCGCCCAACCUCAGUAAGGAGAGUCCCCUGGUUCUCACAUAUUACCCCACCAACCUCCAAA